UGUGUCUCUUCCGGUGUGAGCGGAGAGGAGACAUCGUCAGGGAGUGAUUCAUUUCCCUGUUAACUUCUUUUUUCGCAUUUACUUUGGUUUAAUCACGAUGUCUAAAAGACAUCGGUUAGAUUUAGGGGAUGAUUAUUCAUCCAGCAAAAAAAGAAUGUCUUCCGAAGGCAAAGACCGGGACCGCGAUAGAGAUCGUGAUGAGCGGUCCAGGGACCGAGAUCGAGACCGAGACAGAGACCGUGACCGAGAUCGAGACAAAGAGAGCAGGGUACCCAGCAGUCCCCCCGUGAACCCACCACUUCCAGGUGGGGGCUUGCCACCAUUGAAGCCAGCUGCCCAGCAACAGAUAAACCCUUUCACCAAUCUUCCUCACACGCCGCGCUACUACGAGAUCCUGCGGAAGCGUCUGCAGCUGCCAGUAUGGGAGUACCGGGAACGCUUUAGUGACAUCCUCUCUCGCCACCAGACGUUUGUGCUGGUCGGCGAGACCGGCUCUGGGAAAACCACACAGAUCCCCCAGUGGUGCGUGGACAUGGUACGUGCACUGCCGGGGCCAAAGAGGGGUGUGGCCUGUACACAGCCCCGCCGAGUGGCAGCCAUGAGUGUGGCCCAGAGGGUGGCUGAUGAGAUGGAUGUCAUGCUGGGCCAGGAAGUUGGUUACUCUAUCAGAUUUGAAGACUGCAGUGGUGCCAAGACCCUUCUCAAGUACAUGACUGACGGCAUGUUGCUUCGGGAGGCCAUGAAUGACCCUCUCCUCGAACGCUAUGGUGUCAUCAUCUUGGAUGAGGCCCACGAGCGCACACUAGCCACUGACAUUCUCAUGGGCGUCCUGAAAGAGGUUGUCCGGCAGAGAGCAGACCUGAAGGUGAUCAUCAUGAGCGCCACAUUGGAUGCUGGCAAGUUUCAGGUGUAUUUUGACAACUGCCCACUGCUCACCAUCCCUGGACGCACGCACCCUGUCGAGAUCUUCUACACGCCUGAGCCAGAGCGAGACUAUCUGGAGGCAGCAAUCCGCACUGUCAUCCAGAUUCAUAUGUGUGAGGAGGAGGAGGGAGAUGUGCUGCUCUUCCUUACCGGCCAGGAGGAAAUCGAUGAGGCCUGCAAGCGGAUCAAGCGGGAGAUAGAUGACCUAGGUCCUGAAGUUGGAGACAUUAAAAUCAUCCCCCUAUAUUCCACGCUGCCCCCUCAGCAGCAACAGAGGAUCUUCGAACCGCCACCCCCGGUGAAACCCAACGGAGCGAUUGGACGGAAGGUAGUGGUGUCGACAAACAUUGCUGAGACGUCGCUGACAAUUGACGGCGUGGUGUUUGUAAUUGAUCCUGGAUUUGCCAAGCAAAAGGUAUAUAACCCACGCAUCCGUGUGGAGUCCCUACUGGUGACUGCCAUCAGCAAGGCAUCGGCGCAGCAGAGAGCAGGACGUGCCGGCAGGACACGCCCAGGGAAGUGCUUCCGCCUCUACACAGAGAAGGCCUACAAGACAGAGAUGCAGGACAACACAUACCCUGAGAUUCUGAGAUCCAACCUAGGUUCAGUUGUACUUCAGCUGAAGAAACUGGGCAUCGAUGACCUGGUGCACUUUGACUUCAUGGACCCCCCUGCCCCCGAGACCCUGAUGCGUGCUCUGGAGCUGCUCAACUAUCUGGCAGCCCUAAAUGACGAUGGUGACCUGACUGAGUUGGGUUCCAUGAUGGCAGAGUUCCCCUUAGACCCUCAGCUGGCCAAGAUGGUGAUUGCCAGCUGCGAGUUCAACUGCUCCAAUGAGAUCCUGUCCAUCACGGCUAUGCUGUCAGUCCCGCAGUGUUUCGUUCGUCCAACGGAGGCAAAGAAGGCAGCCGAUGAGUCCAAGAUGAGGUUUGCCCACAUCGAUGGAGACCACCUGACUCUGCUCAACGUCUACCAUGCCUUCAAACAGAACCACGAGUCGGUGCAGUGGUGCUACGACAACUUUGUCAACUACCGGUCGCUCAUGUCGGCCGACAACGUGCGGCAGCAACUCUCCAGGAUCAUGGACCGGUUCAACCUGCCACGGCGGAGCACAGAAUUCACCAGCCGGGACUACUACAUCAACAUCCGCCGUGCCCUUGUUACGGGAUUCUUCAUGCAGGUGGCUCACCUCGAGCGCACGGGCCAUUACUUGACCGUGAAGGACAACCAGGUUGUGCAGCUCCACCCGUCCACAGUCCUGGACCACAAGCCUGAGUGGGUGCUGUACAAUGAGUUUGUGCUCACAACCAAGAACUACAUUCGCACCUGCACCGACAUCAAGCCCGAGUGGCUGCUGAAGAUCGCACCCCAGUACUAUGAGAUGAGCAACUUCCCCCAGUGUGAGGCCAAGAGACAACUGGAACGGAUCCUGGCAAAGCUGCAAACCAAGGAGUACUCGCAGUACUGAGGGCAGCUCCGGCUGGGGGGAGGGACAGCGACCCAAAUGGAUCAGAACCCUCCCCUAGUCGUUCUCUGUGCGUCUGUUCACAGCCUUCGUUAGGGAGACUUUAACAUUUUUCGUUACUGUUCAGAUUGAAUUAUUUUUAUAACUUUUGAUCUUCUUUUGUUUGUCUUGUAGCACAUUGUAAAACUGUCAUUGAUGGCAUUUAUGGAAUGGGUGAUAUUUUUUCCAAAGCAAGUAACAGGUGUCACCUCAUUUUUAAGGCUUUCACCAGGAGUACAGUUACUGACCAUGUCAUGCAUGAUCAUUCAUGUGGAUGUUGACAUUCCUUUAUGUUGUGAACUCCAAAAACAGUAUGUACUCAGAUAGAAAGUCCUUGUUUAUUCAGUACAGCUUUGUCUUCAGUAAUAAAACUUUAUGCCAGCUUUGGCAGUUUGACACAUGUGAACUGUGUUCCACUUUCUAUGAGUGGUGGGAAGAAAUUCACCUGUAGGAUCUCUGCAGAGUGAAACGGUUAAGUGUUUGGACUACACUUUUUAAUAAUCUCAUUGUAAAAUGUGAACGACUGUUUGCUACCACAUCCAUAUAUAACAGAGGAAGAAAUCUGCAGGGUGAAAAAUUAAUAAACUGUUGGAGGCUUUAAAAA